AUGGUCCAUUUAUGGUCCAUACAGUGAAUGGACACAAUGCUCAUCAAGCUGUGGAAACGGAAUUCAGGAGAGAACCCGAAAUCGGACAUGUAACAACCCGGUACCACAGAACGGGGGAAAAGACUGUGUUGGUUCGAGUAUGGAACAGGAGCAAAGAAAAUGCAACAUCAGGAUUUGUUCUGUUCCUGGUGGAUGGUCCAUUUAUGGUCCAUACAGUGAAUGGACACAAUGCUCAUCAAGCUGUGGAUACGGAAUUCAGGAGAGAACCCGAAAUCGGACCUGUAACAACCCGGUACCCCAAAACGGGGGAAAAGAUUGUGUUGGUUCGAGUAUGGAACAGGAGGAAAGAAAAUGCAUUAUCAGGAUUUGUUCUGGUUGUAUAA